AUGCCAACUAUCGCCCCUGGAGAGAUACUUGAGGAGGAGGGGGAGGGUGAGGAGGAGGAGGAGGAGGAGGAGGAGGAGGAGGAGGAGGAGGAGGAGGAGGAGGAGGAGGAGGAGGAGGAGGAGGAGGGAGAGGAGGUGUUCGUUGAGCCUUUGUCUGCCAGGCACGGCGGGGUUGGGAGGGGCACGGGAAGUGGAGGGAGAGGGGUGAGAACGGCAGGGGGGAGAGAGAGGGACAAGCAGAAGGAUGAUGCACUCGUGGUAACCACACACGCAGGUGCAUGGCAUGACGUGCGUGGGAUGGCCGUGCAUGGGAUGGCCGUGCAUGGGAUGGCCGUGCAUGGGAUGGCCGUGCAUGGGAUGGCCGUGCGUGGAUGGCCGUGCAUGGGAUGGCCGUGCGUGGAUGGCCGUGCAUGGGAUGGCCGUGCGUGGGAUGGCCGUGCGUGGGAUGGACGUUCGUGGGAUGGACGUGCGUGGGAUGGACGUGCGUGGGAUGGACGAGCGUGGGAUGGCCGUGCGUGGGAUGGCCGUGCGUCAUCGCGAAAGUCUGAAGUCCAAAAAGUUGCGGGAAAGUAA